AUGUCUUCCGAACCAAUAUCAAUAUCCGACGCGGGCUCCCAGAUGUCUGCGUCGACGUCUGAAUCGUUUGUACUGGCCGACGCGGCGGCGACGACCACACUGCCGCGGCCGCACGCCGAUGCCGAGACGGGCGACGAAGGCCUUGACGAGAACGAGGACGACGAUGAGGACGGCGAGCUCGACUCGCUGCCGUCCAUCUCGACCAGCGUGAUCAGCCCCUCGGACGCGAGCUCCGACGACACGUCUGACGCCCAGCGCGAGUGGGAGGCCAGCCUCGAGCAGCUGCAGCUGAUGCUGACCAUGGUGCUUGUGCCGUUUGCCGGCAAGUAUCUCGGCCGAAAGUUUGCCUACUGGAGCUGGGCCCGGUACAUGGAGUGGGCACACGACGUCGAGAUCCGGUGGACGAACAAGAAGGCGUUCAAUGUGGCCGGUGCCGUCGGAGCGGCGGCGACGCUGUGA